GAUGACCAGAGACUGCGGACACAGUACAGGAGAUGACCAGAGACUGCAGACAUAGUACAGGAGAUGACCAGAGACUGCGGACAUAGUACAGGAGAUGACCAGAGACUGCAGACACAGUACAGGGGAGGACCAGAGACUGCGGACACAGUACAGGAGAUGACCAGAGACUGCGGACACAGUACAGGAGAUGACCAGAGACUGCGGACAGUACAGGAGAUGACCAGAGACUGCGGACAGUACAGGAGAUGACCAGAGACUGCGGACAUAGUACAGGAGAUGACCAGAGACUGCAGACAGUACAGGAGAUGACCAGAGACUGCGGACAUAGUACAGGAGAUGACCAGAGACUGCGGACA